AUGUCGCCAUUACGAAAAGUUUCUCCUCCUGCAAAGGUUGAGAUGCGCAAUUCUCAACAACCUCUUAUGGAAAUGGUCCAAGCUGGACGCUCAAAUGUGUCGUUAGCAAUAAAUAUCAACGCGGGCCCUUCGAAUUCACCUAGUUCUACUACAGAUAUUGUCAGACCGGAUUCACAAAGACUUUCAAAUACUCCGCCAAUGGAAAGACGUGCAUCUAAUUUAAUGACGAAACAAAAGUGGUCUAAUGGUGGUACGAUUUCACCUGCAGGUUCUUCUUCUUCUGGAGAUCUACCUCUUCCUACAUCCACAGAUUCGAGUGGAAAUACACCAAGCAAUGGAAAUACAAAUAAGAGAGGAAAGGGUCUGAGUUCUCCGCAACAACUUCUAAGACGAAAAUCAGAAUUGGCAGGAAUAGGUUUGCAGAUUGGAGAUCCAUCACGAACGGGUACACAAAAAGGAUUAAAAGAUCUAGGCCAUGAUUACUCCCGCUAUCCCAAUUCUCGCACACCAUCUUCAUACGGUUCGGAACUAAAUGCUCCUCGUCCACUUUUUAUAUCUGAAGCGUCUACAUCCUCCGACUCCUUAUCCUCUUCUAUACCUCGAAAUCCCUUUCGCGAUUCCAGCGCCGCUCUCAUCGAUAAUCCUGAAAAAUGGAAUUAUCCCGACGACCGCGUAGCAGCAUUCCAUCCCUAUUUUGGAGGUGAAAAGGGAUUUAUACUAUAUGAUGAUGAAAUUGAAGAUGAUGAUAAUCUUCACAUGCCGAAUGAAAAUGAUGAUCGGGAUUUUAAACCUACGUUUCAUGAAUGGAUGGAAAAGAAAAGUUUGAUAAAUGCCAUUGGAGGGGUUUUAAUGGUUAUUGGAUUGCUUUGUGUUUUUAUCUUGUUGCCGGUGUUGACUUUUACGACGAGGGUUUGGGGGACCGGAGGAGGUGGUGGUGGGAAUUAUGUGGAUUAUGGACCGGCGUGGGCGCAUGUUAAUAAUAACUUAUCCCUCCUGCGCAAUGUUCGCACAACCCUAAUCGAUCCCGACACACCCCAAGCUUCGAGAACCAGAAAAUCAACAUUUAAUGGGGAACUCUCCAAUCUGGUUUUCUCGGAUGAAUUUAAUAAUAAUAAUCGAACUUUUUAUCCUGGGGAUGAUCCAUUUUGGACGGCGCCGAAUAUUUGGUAUGGGGCUACGCAGGACAUGGAGUGGUAUGAUCCCGUAGCCGUCACAACUGGAGGAGGCACUCUGCAAUUACGCAUGGAUGCUUUUGCAAACCAUAACCUCGGAUACCAAUCCGGUAUGCUUAACUCUUGGAACCAACUUUGUUUCAAAGGCGGUAUCCUCGAAGUAUCCAUCUCCCUUCCAGGCCCCUCCGCAGUUCCUGGUCUCUGGCCCGGUGUCUGGUCCAUGGGUAAUUUGGGUCGUCCAGGCUAUAAAGCUACUACCGAAGGCGUGUGGCCUUACACCUACAACUCCUGCGAUUACGGUAUUACCCCAAACCAAAGUUCUCCCGAUGGACUUUCCGAGCUCCCAGGUCAAAAACUCAAUUCCUGCACAUGCAAAGGCCAAGAUCAUCCCACCCCCGGAACCGGUCGCGGAGCCCCAGAAAUCGACGUCCUAGAAGGAAGCGUCGAUCCCAAUAAUCGCAUUGGAGUCGUAACACAAUCAUUUCAAGUCGCUCCCUUUGACGUCUUUUAUCGACCCAAUCACGCAUUCCCUCCAAAUCCCAACUACAACACCACAAAUAUGAAUUCGUAUUGCGGCGGUCCUUUCCAACAAGCGAUCUCCGGCACCACCCUCCUCAACAACGACUGGUACGACGGCCUCCAAUACCAAAAAUACGCAUUCGAAUACACCCCCGGCGUUUCCUCCACGGGCAAAAUCGCCUGGUUCGUCGGCGACGAACAAACAUUCAUGAUGGACGGCCGCGCCAUUGGCCAAAACGGAAAUGUAGCCCAGAGACUCGUAAGCGAGGAACCCAUGAGUGUGAUUCUCAACCUGGGCAUCAGCGGCGCCUGGAGUCAGAUUUUGCUCGGCGAUCUGAGGUUUCCGACAACCAUGCACGUGGAUUAUGUGAGGAUUUAUCAGCGCGAGGGGAUGGAGAGCGUCACGUGUGAUCCGAAAGGUUGGGAGACGACGGAGUAUAUUGAGAAACAUCCGGUGGCGUAUCGGAAUGCGAAUUUGACGGCAUGGAACCAAACAGGCUACGAAUGGCCUACCAAUUCAUUGAUGAAUGAUUGUUAA